CUUCGGCUUGUCGUCUGCCAAGCGCGUCCGCUGGUGGGUGGGAGGAUGCGCGACGGAGAGGCGGAGACUGGCUGGCAGGCAGGGGAGGGAGAAGAUGGCGGAGGCAGAUACUUUAAAGUUAGUUGAAGACUGGAAUCCUGGAGAGACUGAAAAUGCCACCUCAUUGGCUGAUGCGAUUAUGACAUCACUUUCCUGCACUUCUCUGGGGCAGAGAUACUGCAGCUUGUUCUGCUGGCUGGCUGUACUCUGCUUUUUUCUUCAAAUUUGCUUCCAGCUAACAGCCCCCCAAAUUAUUAAGACUUCCUGUGGUCAAUCCCCACCAUGCAGUUCCUGCACCAUGCAACAGUCAGGUUGUAUACUGAUCUAGGAUUUGGAGUACGUUGUGAAUCAGGAGAUAGUAUUGCUUUAAGUUGGUUCCUCUUCCCUGUGCUCAAAAUAUCCUUGUUGAAUGUUGCUGGAAGUGCAUGAGGCCAUGGCAGAUGAUGACACGCAACCAUCCAUACCAAAGAAGUGUGGUCCAUACAUUUCUUCGAUAACCAGCCGCAGCCUGAACUUGGUGAUCCGUGGUGUCGUUCUGUUUUUAAUUGGUGUCUUUCUUGCAUUAGUAUUAAAUCUGCUACAGAUUCAGAGAAAUGUCACUUUGUUUCCACCUGAUGUGAUUACAAGUAUCUUCUCUUCAGCUUGGUGGGUGCCACUUUGCUGUGGAACAGCAUCAGCUGUGAUUGGGUUGUUGUACCCCUGCAUGGAUAGGCAUCUGGGAGAGCCACAUAAAUUUAAGAGAGAAUGGUCCAGUGUGAUGCGAUGCGUAGCAGUCUUUGUUGGUAUAAAUCAUGCCAGUGCUAAAGUGGAUUUUGCCAACAACAUCCAGUUAUCUCUCACACUUGCCGCGCUAUCGAUUGGGCUGUGGUGGACAUUCGAUAGAUCUCGAAGUGGCUUUGGCCUCGGAAUAGGAAUUGCAUUUCUGGCCACGUUAGUGACUCAGCUUCUAGUCUACAAUGGAGUUUAUCAAUACACAUCUCCCGACUUCCUGUAUGUGCGUUCCUGGUUACCUUGUAUAUUUUUUGCUGGUGGAAUAACUAUGGGGAACAUUGGCAGGCAGCUGGCAAUGUAUGAAUGCAAAGUUAUUGCAGAAAAGUCUCAUCAGGACUGAAGACAACAAAACAUAUCGCAGGAAAACAAUCCUGGGCUCUGAGAUGAACAUCCACCAAGGAGCACUUGACUACAGAAUUGCCAAACAGCAGUUUCCUCUUGUUUCUUCUUCUGCUGUGGCCCCAGACCCUGGCCUCAUCCAUCUGCAUAAAACACUGCUUACUGCAAUCUGUGAUUGCUGCAUCUGUAAGUCACUUGAAAAUCCUGACAUCUUGGGUUUGAUUGGUGUGAAAUUGCUUUAAACUGCAACACACUGGGCAAGAUGUUGGUUUAUAGGCAGAAGCCUUUCGUUUCUGAGUUAAACUAGGCUCUGCGGAUGCCAUUUUCUCUGCAUAAUGUUCCAGUGCCAAACCAAACAUUUGUCCUCUCUUCCGUCUGCAUUCCAUUCUCCUUACUUUGGACACUUGGAGAGAUUUGGUGUUUUUAAGGUGUCACUAUUUUAUUCUUCUUCUAGGUCAGGAAGACAAAGGUGGCUUGAAAAGGCAUUGAGGAAAUGUGAAUCAAAAAUAUAAUCCAGGUCUAUAUCUGCUGCACUAGUUUCAAAUGUAUAUAUUACAUAUAUAUGUCUCCACAGGUCAGUUUGUGCAUUCAUUUGUACACAGCCAACUUGUUAUAGCUUGACUGUAUAUCGCAUGCACAACUAACCUGCACAAACUACAGUGUGGGAGGGUAAAGUGGCUGCCGUGUCAUGAUGUCUGCACUAUGCUGCAGUCAUAGUGUCUACUCUGUGUUGACUGAGAUGUCCCUUUGUAGACAGUGGAUCUUCCUGGGGCAUAGUUAUUCAAAAACCUGCAGUAACACAGCUGCAAGUACAAGCAUAGCCCAAAUGAAGUAAUAUUGUUGAGACUAUCCUAGACAUCAGUCAUGUGCAAAUGGCUUCACUCUGGAAAUAGGAAAUUCCAAACUCUUUAAGGUACUGAAAUAUCCUUCGGUCUACUUGUUGCACAUUUACUCUUGGCCUGUUAGCAUAUGUUUGAGUACUUUGAUGCAUUCUGAUGACAGAAGGCACAAUCUGCUGUGAGCUUCUCCUUUGCAGACCCUGAAAUGAAUGGAUGGAAGCAUUGUGGAAUUGCCAUAUAUUGCAAUGAACAGGCGAGGAUCCCUAUGGAUUGUGCUUGAUCAAGCAGACUAUUGGAAGAGAUUAUGCCAUGGGCUCAUCACAUGAUUAUAACUCACCUUUGAGGACUUGGGGGUGAAGGGCAGAAGGUGUUUGAUUAUAAAUGGAACCAUAAGGUGAAUCUGUUCUAAAAUUUGGCCAAUUUUGUUAAUUCUAUCGUUGUGUUCAUUUAGCCUAAGUGAGCUUCUGCUGCUUUGUUUUUUGGGUUUUUUUCCUUUUCAAAAGAAAUAUUCUGUGAAAAGGUUUAGAAAAUACAAUACAGUCACUUGAAGAGACGUUGGUCCAAAGAACAGAUGUCUUUAGAUAAUUUUACUUUUCUUGUUAAUAAUGUAUAUGUUCAUAAACAUGUGGAACAGGCAAGCUAAGCACGAUUUUUAAGGCUUGUACUUAAUAUAUGUGAAGAAUAUGCAAUGAAAGUCUGAAACACAAAAGUUUUCAGAAGGAAAAUGUGCAAUCUAUAAUGCUUUUUUUAAAAAAAAGCAAACGCAAGCAACAACAAAACAAAUAUGCAAAAUUUCAGUAGCUCCCAUUUUUCACUAGCUGUUGCAGUUUCACACCACUACACUGCAACAAUGUGAUUGUAAUGUCAUUGGAAUUAAUAUUAGAAAGCACUUGAGAAUUGGUGUAUCUCCUUUUGUGCCCCUCCCCUAAUGAAAUGCAUAGCACUUAGGUGUAUGUACAUAUAUUUUAUUUUAAAAUAUCUCCUUAAAUGGUAUAAAUGUCACUUGAAAUUGGGAGAUGCUUCAGAAUUAAACUACCAAAAAGAUGAGUCUUUGGACCCCACUCCAGUAUAGUUCACAGCUAUAUCUGUGAUUAUUAUGCUGAUUCAUAUUUAUUGGGUUGACUCAUAUGUUUAAAGUGUUCUUUUGAGCUUGUUAAAUGUUUGGCAUGAGAAUAUCUUGAAGGCUAAAAUCUGACAAUUUGGGUCUUAAUCAGUGUGAUUAAGAGUACUUGUGGAUUACAAACAAUUAAGGUGGAGGUAGCUUUUAAAGGAGAAAUUGCACCAAAAACAAUGUUUCUUUUAAAAGUUUAUUGCUGCUCUCCAACCUUGCUCUCUAUGGGUUGAGUUUGGAGUGAAUCAAGAAAGGACUCUUACACAUAAUUACUGAAGGAAGAUAAUCUUCUGCUUUGCAUUUUCCAGCCUACGGUAGUGCUCAUGGGAGAAAGCUGCUUUAGAUGAAGCAGGAUUCUAGUUUGGUGUAGGUGGCUGAAUUCAGCUUGGAAUACAAUGUAUAUUACAUUAUUGAAGGCAAUUGUAUGGCAUCUCAGUUCCCAGUACUGCACAUGUGAUCUACAGGGGUGGUUAUCUGUGGUUGUGUUAAUUGAAGGGUUAGGAAUGCCCUUUGUAAGUGACUCACUAAACUUUGGGGACUUAACUAUGAUCUUGACAAUUGCAGGUUCAAGUCUUUCUUGCUCGUAUAACAUAUGGUCUUUCCAUCAGUUCUUAGAAGGGCCUCAUUCAUCUUGCUGAAGAAGUCCAAGGCAUUGUAAACACAUGAAGAUGUAGCUGUCGACCUUUAAAUAUUAAUCUGAAGAUGGAGUUCACUAUCUUUUAAAUAUUAAAUCACUUGCAAGCAUCCUCGUGAACCGUAUUUGCUGUGAAUUGCUGGAAAACACAUGAUCAGUUUGAAAAAUGCACUUAUUGGAAUAUGUUGAGUAACUCUUCUAAUCUUUAAGUCACUAAUGCAAAGUCAGCCGAUUGCCCCAAAGUUUUUCUGGUGGAUUGCUCUGUUUUCUGUUGAUAAGUAGUUUUUCAUUUAAAGCAACUUGUGAAGAUUGUUUGUAUCUACCAGCCGGCACUGGAAUCCUGAGAGAAGAGGUUCAUAAUGGGAUGCCUUAAUAACAGAGGUGGGGAGAGGCAGCUACUGUGUGAUGUGUAAUUAUAAUAUUGGACUGUCUUCAAAAUAUUCUAUAGAGGAUGAAUAAGGUAUAUUUUAGAUACAACUUUAUAAGCACUAUAAACUCUUCACUAGUUGUGAAUUGUAAAGGUUGAUAAUGUUUACUUCAAAUUGCUGUUAAAAGCAAAACGUGUAUUAAACAUAAUUACAGCCUCA